AUGUGUGAUGGAUUCAAAAGACUGGAGAAUCGAAGGGCUGGACGACUUAAAAGUUCAUCUAUGAGAACCUUGGAAGUCAUAUGUGGAAUGUGGAGCAGGCGGGAUGAACUUUUUGCAGAUAAGGAAUCGAGGAAAUUCAAAUGGAAAAUGAGACCGAUAAGAGUUGUUAUUGAAAUAAACAGUGGUUAA